UAGUUGCAUGUCAAGUCGGCAAGUGGGUACGUAGCUAGAUGCCUCGUGUGCUCGUAUUAUUCUAGUCGGCAAAUGGGUACGUAUUAUUCUAGCCGACGUUAUGUUUCGCAUUAUUGUGUGAAUAGUUUCAUCCAUGCUUACAGUUCCCCUCCUCGUCCCCUUCGGCCGGGCAGCACAGCCUGCCUGGGACCAGCGUCGCGGCAUGUAGGGUUUCGGCCUCAUCUUAUCCCCGAGCAGUGGCCGCGCGGGAGAGGCUGGGUAGCAAGCAUGGAGGGCACCUGGCUUUCCAAUCCGACGCGAGGCCAUCGCAGACGGAAUUCUGUGCCCAUCCCCACAAACAAGGCCUCAUCACCCAGAGGGCGGUCGUGCAGGUACAGGACUGCCGUGAAACAUCGGGCUGUGCAGCACGGCGGCGUCAUGUCGUUGACGCCGCCUUCGUUUGUCGGUGGCUUCUAUGCAUACAUAUAAAUAUACAGAUAUAUACAUAUAUAGAUACACCACUUCCGUUGUUGCCCCAAGAAAAGUUGUUCGAUGUCCCCCCUUGGAGCAAGUGGGUUCUCUCUCUUUGUCUCCGAUGUGGCACACUUUGUUCUGGCGGAGGGCAGCCUGGGUCCACGUGGUCCGCCAAGCCUUCGAGUUUGUGCGCACCUUGCUUGCAGGCGGCCUCGACGUGGUCAAGGCGACCAAUUGGCGCGAGGUGGAGUCUGCAGUCCAACAUAUGAUAUUCAGCAGGGAAUAUGGGCUUGCCGUGUCACCAUACAAGCGGAUCAUCGAUGAGUUCCGAUGUAUUUGCUUGGAUGGAUCCGUGGAGCUGGUGUACCGUAAGCUGAGGGCCAGCGUCGCCGGCGACGGCGAGUCCAGCGUGGCAGUGCUGGUCGCGCGGGCCGCGGCGGCCGCGGACCCCGCGGCCGCCGUGGGCUUUCUGCAGGCAGCUGCGGAGAUGAAGCCCGAGGAGCUGACCAGUGUACCCAAGAGCGGCGAGACGGUUGCGCUACAGUGGAAGCACAACCUCGGCCAGGGCGCGCGCGCGGACCUCGGCGUGGCCCCGGACGUCGCGGAGAGGUUGCGGUGCGUCGCCGUCAAGACCACCGCGGCCAUCGGCAUGCGGUUCUGCAGCGUGGACAUCAUCGACGUGGAGUCGGAGGGCCUGAUGGUCAUGGAGGCGGCUGGCGGCGUGGCGGAGGGCUCGUGGGAGAAGCCGAGGCCCCGCGGAGGGGGCGGGGCCGCGGACGAGGCGGCGGUGCUGAGAGCGCUGGGCCGGUAGGGCCGGCGCCCCGCUCGGCGCACAGCAGCGAGGGCAAGAAAAGCCGCCGCCCAGGACAAGCGAGGGGGGCAGGCAGGCUUCGCUCCUGGGACAGGUCGGCCGUCCAGGG